UGUAACUUGACAGGUGCUGAUCCUUUAAUUUUGUUAAAUUUUAUUCUUUUUGUUGAAGUUAGAGAAGAGAAUGGGUGGUCAAGACAGUGGCGACGGCGGUGUUAGUAACGCAAACGGGGGUGUUCCGGCGUCUUCGAGGAAGGUUGUUCAGGGUUUGAAGGAGAUCGUGAACUGUUCUGAGUUAGAGAUCUAUGCGAUGCUUGUUGAGUGCGAUAUGGAUCCUGAUGAAGCUAUUAAUCGUCUCCUUUCUCAAGAUACUUUUCAUGAGGUGAAGAGCAAACGAGAGAAGAAGAAAGAGACUAAAGACCCUGCAGACUCCUGGACGCGUAACAUCCCGAAUCGGGGAGCUAGAAGCAGUAAUGACAGUUACAAUACCUCUCGAGGUAGCGGAAACAAGUAUAAUUCUAACGAGAUAGGAAAUGUUCAAGGUGUGCCUGCAAACAAAAGAAAAAACGGUGGACGUAAUCAUUGGGCUGGCUCUUCUGUAUCAUCUGGUGUUCUUGGACGCCAACCUCCAUCAAACAGUGAUCCUCCAAGUUCUGAAGUCAAGAAAGCACUAACGGGCCCGAGUGAUGCAGUUACUUCGUCUUCGCUGCCUUCUCCUGCGUAUCAAUCCGCUUGGGCCAGUGCUAACCCCGGGAAAAGAACUAUGGCUGAGAUUGUGAAAAUGGGUAGGCCUAACCAGCAGAAGAAUGUGGCUUUACCUCGUUCAUCAGAGGCUCAAGAGAGCGUAAGUAAAACCCCUUUGAAGGAUGAAUGUCCUUCAAUUGAGAAGCAAGAUGUUUCUUAUCCAUCAUCCUCUAUCUUGAAACCAUCUGCUGAAUCUAAGAUUUCUGCCGACCAAUUUAGUGAGUCUCAACAUCUGGAUGAGACUCAUUUGGAUAACCACCACCACGAAACAAAAACAAAUCCAAUUGGGUCUCCUCCUGAUGUGGAUCACAAUCCGCAUGCUUCAGUAUCAAGCAGAAAUUUGGUUAACGAUGAUUCAAGAAAUUCCUCAGUGUAUGACAAUGAAAAUAACAAAGCUGAGAGACAUUCUUAUGAGGAAAAUGGAGCUGAAGAUGUUUCUGCAUCUCUUGUUACCGGUUUUCAACAACUUACUAUUGAUACUAAAGAAGAGCAGGAAGCAUUACCGAGAGACGACAAACUUGCAGUGAUAAUUCCCAAUCACCUGCAAGUCCAUACCGCAGAAUGCUCUCACCUAAUGUUCGGUAGUUUUGGCUCCGGGAUAGGAUCUGGUCAAGCUAGUGGCUUGAAUGAUAAAUUGGAUGAACCACUAGAAGCACAUGAUGAUUUUUCAUUAAGACAUCCUGAGACUAACUUUUAUGGAGAAGAAGAAAAACAGAUGAGAAAUACUGCUACUAAUGAACAAGUGUCAUAUCAAAUCGAUUCAAGUACCCGAAAUUACCAUUCUGAGACAGAAGCAGUGCAACAUGAACCUCAGCUAGAAGAAGGUCAUCAGUACAAGUUUUCUUCUUCCGCAGAUUAUGGAUUUGAAAACAGCCAACAGUUGAAUCCUCCAUCAGAAACCAAUCCUCAAAUACAGAAUCUCGAUACCUACCCCAACGUAAUGCAGCAAGGAUAUACAAGUUCGUUAGCCAACACUCUACUCCCAUCAGACAUUCAAGAUGGAAGAGAAUCGGAUCUUCACUAUUUGCCUUUCACAACAAAAUACAACACUACUGCUCCCUCUUCACUUAGCGGCCCAACAAAUUCCAUGGCCGAGACACUAAGAGCUACGAGUAUUUCAUCUCAAAACGCAAUGCCCAGUGCAGGACAACAAGCAGCAGCUUUUACACAACACCUCGCCUUAAAUCCAUACUCUCAUCAGCCCAGGAUGCCUUUAGGGCAUCAUGGUAAUUUGAUAAGCUACCCAUUCUUGGCACAGAGUUACAACCCUUACAUGCCUUCACCUUUUCAGCAAGCGUUUCCCACUGGGAACCUUCAGUCUUUAGCUGCUAUGCUUCCGCAAUACAAAACUCAAGCAACCGCUCCUCCUGUUCCUCCUCCCUCUGUCUACGGGUUUGGCGGUGGUGAUGCCUCAAGUAACAGCUUCCUUUUGAAUCCCACAAGUGUUGCAAACUCCUACGAUGAUGUCUUGAGCUCCCAGUUUAAUGAUAACAAUCACUUGGCAUCAUCUCUUCAGCAGCAGAACGAAAACUCAGCAGCAUGGCAUCAAGGACAACAACCCAACUCGCGAGUAGUUCCAGGAAGCGGAUAUUACAGCUUCCCUGGUCAUCAGAAUCAGCAGCCUCCCGGUUUCUGUCAAACCCAACAACUACAACACCAGCAGCAGCCGUCUCAACAACAACAACAACAACAACAACAUUAUGGAGGACAUGGCUAUGUGAGUCCUUACCAUUCACAAGCAGCAAUGUCAUUAGAACAUCUUCAUCACCAACAACAACAAAAUGCUAGAGACGCGUCUAAACAGGCCCAACAGCAGUUAUGGCCCAACAACUACUGAUCAAAAGCAAUCAGUCAAAUCUCCUCUUUCCCCUUCAUUUUCCAUCUCUCAUUCCUGAGUAGCGAUGGGAAGAUUCCGUAUUGUGAAAAUGGAGUUGUGUUGUGUGUGUGUGUGGGUUUGUGGUUCGGGGUAGGGUCUUAUGAG